UGGCAAUGGCAACCAAAGAAGACGACCUGGCUGGUUCUGAAUUACUACUGUUUUUAGAGAGAGAGGUAUUGCUUGACCUCUCUAAUGCCAGUCUGUCAUUUAACACCUAUCUGGCUAUCUCUCUCUGUCUCUAUCCAGCAUUGUAUACGUAUAUAUAUAUAUGUAUAAAUACGAAUAUAUACGUAUACACAUACAUACAUAUACCCUUCAUUUCUUCUUCAAAAGCUUUCUCUCUGUUUUUCGUUUGUAUUGCGAGAGAGAAAGGGAGAGAGAUUGCUAGAGUGAGGGAGAGACAAAAGGAACCCUUGAACUCUAAUAGGUCCAUUUCAAAGCUCUUGUUACCAUGAGUCUGUUCGGACUUGGAAACAGAAACCAAAAGACAUUUCGGCCUAAAAAAAGUGCUCCAUCAGGAAGUAAGGGGGCGCAACUCCAAAGGCACAUUGAUGCUACCUUGGGUAGUGGCAACUUGAGAGAAGCUGUGCGACUACCCCCUGGGGAAGAUCUUAAUGAGUGGCUGGCUGUGAAUACUGUUGACUUUUUUAAUCAGGUGAACAUUUUGUAUGGUACCCUUACUGAAUUUUGCACAGCAUCGACCUGUCCAACAAUGACUGCAGGACCAAAGUAUGAAUAUAGAUGGGCUGACGGAGUUGCUAUAAAGAAACCCAUAGAGGUCUCUGCUCCUAAAUAUGUGGAGUAUCUGAUGGACUGGAUUGAAGCCCAGCUUGAUAAUGAAUCAAUUUUUCCUCAAAAAUUGGGUGCACCAUUUCCACCAAAUUUUCAGGAUGUCGUUAAGACAAUAUUCAAGCGGUUAUUUCGUGUUUAUGCCCACAUCUAUCACUCACAUUUUCAGAAGAUCGUGAGUCUGAAGGAAGAAGCUCAUCUCAAUACGUGCUUUAAGCAUUUUGUUCUAUUUACAUGGGAAUUUCGCUUGAUCGACAAGGGGGAACUCGCGCCUCUCUAUGAGCUUGUUGAGUCUAUCCUACAAUAGUAGUGCCUUGCCAAUUUCUAGUUUUAUUUUUUUAUUUAAAUUUUUAUUGGUUUGCCAUUUGUAUUGAGUGAACACGGGGGCAACCCUGAGAAAGAGAAAAUUGAAGGGGAUUAUCCUCUAGCUGAAUGAUGGAAGUGCGUUAAUCGCGCCACCUUAAGGCAGCCAGCAUGGGUCUUUUUUGAAGCUGUAGUGGGCAUGAAUUUUGUUCUUCCUCUCCUAUUGUAAUGUCAUUUUUCAGUUCAUACUGUAAUGAAUUCUGCUUUCUCGAAUAAACAGAGGCAGGCUUAAUUUUCCAUAACUUCUACAACAGGGACG